AUGAACACCGGCGACGCCAAGGAGUACCUGGCCCGCAGGGAAAUCCCUCAGCUGUUCGAGAGCCUUCUGAAUGGACUGAUGUGCUCUAAGCCUGAAGAUCCAGUAGAGUACUUGGAAAGUUGUUUACAGAAAGUAAAGGAACUAGGUGGCUGUGACAAGGUGAAGUGGGACACAUUUGUCAGCCAGGAAAAGAAGACCUUACCGCCACUAAAUGGGGGACAGUCCAGGAGAUCCUUUCUAAGAAAUGUAUUGCCUGAAAAUUCAAAUUUUCCAUAUCGGCGGUAUGACCGGCUCCCUCCCAUCCACCAGUUUUCUAUAGAAAGUGACACGGAUCUCUCAGAGACUGCAGAGUUAAUUGAAGAGUAUGAGGUUUUUGAUCCUGCUAGACCUCGACCAAAAAUCAUUCUUGUCAUAGGGGGUCCCGGAAGUGGAAAAGGUACUCAGAGUUUGAAGAUUGCAGAACGCUAUGGAUUCCAGUACAUUUCAGUGGGAGAAUUACUGCGAAAGAAAAUCCACAGCGCCAGCAGCAACCGGAAGUGGAGCCUCAUCGCCAAGAUCAUCACCAACGGGGAGCUGGCCCCGCAGGAAACAACAAUUACGGAGAUAAAACAAAAAUUGAUGCAAAUACCCGAUGAGGAGGGAAUCGUUAUUGAUGGGUUUCCACGCGAUGUUGCCCAGGCUCUGUCUUUUGAGGACCAAAUCUGUACUCCUGACUUGGUGGUCUUCCUCGCCUGUGCCAACCAGAGGCUGAAGGAGCGAUUACUGAAGAGGGCCGAGCAGCAGGGGCGACCCGACGACAACUUGAAGGCUACACAAAGAAGACUCGUGAACUUCAAGCAGAACGCUGCACCCUUGGUUAAAUACUUCCAGGAGAAGGGGCUCAUCGUGACCUUUGAUGCCGACCGAAAUGAAGACGAGGUGUUCUAUGACAUCAGCCUGGCUGUUGACAACAAGUUAUUUCCAAACAAAGAGGCUGCAGCAGGUUCGGGGGACCUGGACCCUUCCAUGCUGUUGGACCCUGGAGAUAUCAUUGACCCAGAAUCUGAUUAUGAAGACCAGGGUGACGACCCGAUGAACGUAUGCACAGAGGAACCCCUGGGAGGUCUCAUGGAAGAUUUGAGGAAAUGUAAGAUUAUUUUCAUAAUGGGUGGCCCCGGCUCCGGCAAAGGCGCACAGUGCGAGAGACUGGCGGCCAAGUACGGCAUGGCACACCUGUCACCCGGGCGGCUGCUGCGGGCUGAGCUGGGAGCGAACUCAGAGCGGAGCUGGCGGAUCAGGGCCCACAUGGAGCAGGGCGAGCAGGUGCCUGCGGCCCUGGUCUUGGAGCUGCUACAGGAGGCCAUGGCUGCGAGGCUCAGCGACACCCGGGGCUUCCUGAUCACAGGCUUCCCGCGGGAGCUGAAGCAAGGGGAAGAGUUCGGCCGGAGGGUCGGGGACCCCCACUUGGUCAUCUGCAUGGACUGCUCGGCGGACACCAUGACCCGCCGCCUGCUCCAGAGGAGUCCGGGCGGCGCGGCCUUGGAGGACGCCACCAAGACGGUGGCCAAGCGCCUGGAGACGUACUACCGGGCCUGUCUGCCGGUCCUGGCUCACUAUGAGGGCAGGACGCAGCUGAGGAAGAUAAACGCGGAAGGAACACCAGAAGAAGUUUUUCUUCAACUCUGCAAGGCUAUUGACUCUAUUUUCUGAAGGUGGGAAAGCAUGUACAGAGUGGAGACAAAGGAACGCACUGAACCGUCCACCCCUUAACACCGUCUGUGUCCCAUGCCCCCAAUCCCGCCCGCGCUGUCUGCUCCCCCUGGGCUCCUGUGGGAGAUGUCCUGGGCCAGGUGUGGCGCAGCAGGGGCUGUGAGCCCUG